CGUAAUACAAAAUGUUCAUCCAGUGGACUCUUGUGAUCUUCAGCGUAACCCUGAUCUCCGCCGGAUCAAUUCCGGAGCGGAUUGUGGGAGGAAAACCGGCGGAAAUAACUCAAUUUCCCUGGCAGGUUUCUCUUUACAAAUUGGGCAACCAUUGUUGCGGUGGUUCCAUCUAUAGUAACGAGAUCGUCAUAACAGCAGCCCACUGUAUAGAGACACCUGAAUUUCCAAAGAUCUAUUCUGUGAGAGUGGGCUCAUUGACCAAUAACACCGGAGGGCAACUGGUUGAGGUGGUAGAAAUUAUUCGCCACGAGAAUUAUGUUCCCAAAAGACGGCAUACGUACAACGACGUAGCGGUCCUUCGACUGCAGUCCAAACUCAUUUUGAGUGACAAUGUAAGUCCCAUUCCCUUGGCAGAUAAAGCCCCCAGUGCUGGAUCGCCGGCCUGGGUUUCUGGAUUUGGAAAUAUCAGAACUAAUACGCCCGGCACAGGAAAUCUUUUGUAUACCUCUCUGAAAAUUUCGGACUUUGAUCAGUGCCAGAAUUCAUAUAAGUACUUAACUAAAGUUCAAAUUUGUGCCGACGCUCCCGGGAAGGAUUCCUGCCAGGGAGAUUCCGGGGGUCCUCUGGUCUCCGAUGGAAAACUGGUUGGCAUCGUUUCCUUUGGCAUUCUCUGUGCCCGUCCCGAUUAUCCUGGAGUCUAUGCUAACGUGGCCGAGCUUAAACCCUGGAUUUUGAAUGCAAUUGCAAAACUUUUAGGCACUCACAUUGCGGACCAAAAAUAAUUCAUAAAAACAAGAAAGGCAGCUAGCUUCAGGGAGCCACAGCUGAUACAACCUUGCAGUCAUCACAAAUGUUUCAGUUCAACAUCGCAGUAAUUUUCACCGAUUUCUCCUAUGACAGCUAUUUUUGAGAUAGUCGUCUGAUUAUCAAUAAAUUUAAAUAAAUUACCCUCAGAGGCAUUCCACUUUAUAAUCUGAAUAAAGUUAGAAAAGUUAUGGAAAGUUAAUAUAGCAAUCCCAUUUAUUGGAAAUUUCGAAAGGGAUUGUAUUAUAAAAUUUUAAGAAAAUCGGGCAAAAAAUAAAAAAUUAACUAUUUAUUACUAA